CAGGUGAUGGGCAGAGAAGGCAGUGGAGCAGCACGGGGGGAAGCUCUCAGUGUUGGUGUGCAGCUGCUGGAAAUACUGAGUGUAUCUCUGCUGCCCACUUGCAUUGGUUACACGUAUACACAUCAUUGCUCUGAGCCUGAGGCUGUACAGCAGUGGAACCGUGCAAGAAAUCACUGAAUGAUGGGCAUUGCACUGCAAGCCAAGUUGUACAGAAUUCAUACAGCUCGGUUUCAUCCAAGAAGAACACAAUUACUCUCAAUUUUUGGUUCUGGGUGGAAAGCAAUCAUCAGUUCACAGAGUCCUUAUGACUGCAGGCUCGUUUUUCUGCUACAUGACAGGAUCUUCAACAUGUCAGAUGCAGGCAGGUGUUUUGAGAUCAUCUUUUAGUAUUUUUUGGCGUCCUUCAGACAAAGCUGUCAUUCCAGUUUCUUUAUUUGGCCUCCAUCUUGUACGUAUAAAUGCCUUUGCAAUGACAAUGUGUUAUGAAUUAUGCAGGUCUGGUGUUCUGGUCAAUGCUGGCCCAGACCAGCAGCUCAACCUGAGCAGAGAGCUCUGCAGCUGCUGUGCAGUGUGAGCGCACCAACGCGGCUCCGCUGUUUGCAGAUCAUUGACCAUGGGUUGGAGUCGGAGGGAGGAACCUCUCCCACAGAGACAGAGUUAGAGCUGGAGGCUGCUGGGGAGGUUUCAGAGCACAAGAAGCCAACAGGCACCUGGUGGGAUGGUGCAGGGCCCCCCAGCAGGGUGAAGCAGACUCAGUGUGCAGUGAAUGGGAGCGCAAUGCAAAUGGUGGAGAGCAGGAAAUGCCUUCACUCACCUGCAGGCUCACUUCUGGUUAAUCUUUAAUGCAGAGCAGUUUAAAUGCCCACAGAACACCACAGCUCCUGCUGUGGUUUGGGAGGGGAAGGUUUAAUUUAAACACAGCCCUUGGCCAAGGGGGGAUUCACACAGCAGCCAUUGGGGCUCAGCUGGGAGCUGGGCUGACCCUAUGGGAUGAGUUGUGCCAGCAUCGGCGUCUGGGCAAGGAUUCCUGCUUGAAAGGAGCAGAAAGCAGCGAGCUGACAGAACUGGGCUGACACCGGGAGCAGCAGCACCAUGUAUGAGCUCAAUGAAAGCAGCUUUGACCCCAUCACCUUCGUCCUGACUGGAAUCCCUGGCAUGGAGGAGUCCCACAUCUGGAUCUCUGUCCCUUUCUGUCUGAUGUACAUCACUGCACUCUUCAGCAACUCCGUCCUCCUCUUUGUCAUUGCCACGGAGCGAAGCCUCCACGAGCCCAUGUACCUGUUCCUCGCCAUGCUGGCUGUGUCCGACCUGAUGCUUUCAACCACGACAGUGCCUAAAAUGCUGGCCAUCUUCUGGUUCAGCGCCCGAGAAAUCUCCUUCGACGCAUGCAUUACUCAGAUGUUCUUCACACACUUCAGCUUCAUCGUGGAGUCGUCCGUCCUGCUGGCCAUGGCCUUUGACCGCUACGUGGCCAUCUGCGACCCGCUGCGCUACACGUCCACCCUCACCCCCUCGGUGAUCGGGAAGAUCGCGCUGACAGCCGUGCUCCGCGGCUUCUGCAUCAUGUUCCCUCCCAUCUUCCUGCUGAAGCGGCUGCCCUACUGCGGGCACAAUGUCAUGCCCCACACCUACUGCGAGCACAUGGGCAUCGCCCGCCUGGCCUGCGCCGACAUCAGGGCCAACGUCUGGUACGGGCUGACCACGGCUCUGCUGUCCUCUGGGCUGGACGUGGUGCUCAUCGCCAUCUCCUAUGGGCUCAUCCUCAGGACCAUCUUCCAGCUGCCGUCCCCCGAGGCUCGCCUCAAAACCCUGAGCACCUGCGGCUCCCACCUCUGCGUCAUCCUCAUGUUCUACACGCCUGCUUUCUUCUCCUUCCUCACCCACCGCUUUGGCCACAGCAUUCCAGGCCACGUCCACAUCCUGUUGGCCAACCUCUACGUCGUGGUCCCACCGAUGCUCAACCCCAUUGUGUACGGAGUGAGGACGCGGCAGAUCCGUGAGCGCGUGGUCCGCCUGCUCUGCCCUGCAGGGCUGUGUCCCCGUCCUGGCUGUGGGAGCCGCUGCUGAGGACAAUGGGACACGGGAUGGGGUCUGGAAGGCAGCGUGAGGUGUGGUGGCACUUCUCGCCUCGGGGUGAUGGGUUUGUCCACGUGGCUCUGGAGAAGCUGGAGGGUUUCUGGAUACUUGGGCUUGGCCCAUCAGCCCCUUCAUUGCUACUGCCUUCUCCUGGAGAUGCUGCCCCUGAGUGCUCCAUCCAGCAGCAAUGGGACACACGGGUCAGAUGAGGGAAAUGUCCAUUAAACCACAAUGUCCGAUACCGCACUCAGGACUCCACAGCAAACUGCAGGUAGACAAUGGUGUCAUAAAUCCUCACAUCCCAUAGGGACUUUUUCUUUCUUUACAAAAGCAUUUCACAGCAAACCAGUGCUCAGUGUAACGUGUGCAUCCUUUCUUCCCAUCCUGCUGUUUGAUAGCCCACCAUUUUGUUGCCAUACAUUCCAUUUAUCCUUCAACACCAGGAGAGCAUUGUCCAACAUUUUCUCACUCCUCACAUUGGUCUACAGACCAGUUGUACCAGCCAUAGUGUGUUCUGGUGGCAAUCUGCCUCAGUGCAAUGAUGCAGAGUGAGCACCAGGUGUAUCUGGAGCUUCUCAGUCCCUUGGAAGCACCUCAGCCAUGGCUCUGUCUGCUCCCAUCAUGGAGGGAAGCACAGUGGUCCUUCCAUCUGCACCCUUCCACCUGGAGCUCUGCAUAGAGUUACUUAGGUGAGUGGGAUUGCCCAGCUGUCUUGUUCUGACGGCGGGGUCCCUGUGGCCAUUCUGGCUCAGUGGUUAAGUGCCACAAUCUCCAAUCCCCACAGGAUGAAGCAGAGUGGAGAAUGCACCAGAACCUGGAGACCUUUCUUUCAUCUUUUCUUUGUGUUUUACUGGGUGGGGAGUUGAGAUAAAGGCUUGCCUGUCCCCCCUGCAUCAUUCCUGCUCUCUGGUCCAUGUUUUCUACCCCCUGCUUGGAGACAAUUUUGUGCCUGUGUUGAGCUCGGGAGAUUCCUGCAUCCUGACCAGUGAAACCAUCCUCAUCUGGGCAGCAACCACAGCCCUCCUAAUGCAGUGAUCUGGGGGCUGUGUCUGGUGCUGAUCCCUCAGUCCCACUCCCACAGCAGUGCCAGGAGCCGGGAUGCUCUGCUCCAUGUCAGCCAUGAGACCCAAGGAACUGUGCUGUGAGGUGGUGCCAGGGGCAUGAGAUGGAUUAGGAUGAGACGGGCAGGGAUACAGCAACCCAACCUUGAUUCAUUCCAGGCCUCCCAGUGACGCAAGUUCAAGAGAAGGAGAGAAAGAGAUCCACUGUUUCAGAAUUAAAAAUAAUACUAAUAAUUCGUGGCACUUUCAUCACAUUUCUUUUUUCUUUGUGGUUUCAUUUUUUGUGUGUGCUUUCAUCAAAGCUGGGAAGCCUGUGAGGGGCACAGCGGAAAUGAAGGUCUGUGCACUCAGGGCUGUUUGCUUAGCAGCAGUGAUAACAGAGCUGGUGGAAAUGCUGCUUGUAUUGCUGUUCUCAAAGCAUUUUUGUAUCUCUCUUAGCAAAGAGUAUUUACAGAGAGCAGCCCACGUGAUCUCUGAUAGGACACUGCACUGUAUCAAAAACAACAGGGCAGGAGAGCAAGCUGGUGUAGCCAGAGCAUGAAUACAUUCAGGCUGCAAUGAGAUGCUUUGGGGUUUUCAGGGCUGUCACAGCAGCACGGACGUUGGGGUGAGAUCCUGGGUGCUCGUGACUGCAAGAGGCUUUGCAGGGUCCCCCCAGCCCUGCCCAAAGCACGAGACAAACCCUUCUGCUGCAGAGGUUCUCCCAAAAGACUUCAGACCAGCUCGAGUGGCAGCUGACCCUCCAUCCAGGUUCACUAUUGAGAGACAGUUCAGCUCCAUGGAGUCUCAGCUCUGUGGUUAUUCCUGCUGCCUUCUUCUCUGCUUCCCUUUUGUUGCCUCUCCUUGCUGAUGAACUGAGGGGUGCGCUUACCUCUAAGCACAGCAGCUGUUUGGCCACAAGCGUGUGUGCUUGGAGCACACAAGUUGGAGCCUGUUGCUGGGAAUGGCCUCUCUUAUCACUGCCCAUCCAGGAGUUAGGGAGCAGUGGGACCGCGUGGAGCAAAAGCUGCGCAGGUGAGAAACAAAGCAAUAGACCCAGCUUCAAAGUGCUUCCAAGCCAAGUAUUGGAAAAUGCACAGAGAAGAAUUGCAACAGGACACUGGAGCAGGUUGCCCAGUGAGGCUGUGGAUGUCCCCCGCCCGGAAGCACUCAAGACCAGGCUGGAUGGGUUCACAGCAGGGAUUCUGCUGCUCCUCUGGCUUUCCAGGAACAGCUGAACAGCCCCCAGCCCUGGAAGGAGGUGCUGGCUGUGCCAGGGCACAGAUCUCAUGGCAAAAUGUCCUUGGGUCAAUGAAUCACCAGCUGGGCAAUUAGUGCCCAAAGGGGCAUGCAUAAUGGGGUAUUAGCCAGUUGGUCGGAAAGAUUUAUAUUCAUAACAUGGUUAAAAUGUUAGCUAAAUAACCUGCAUGAGCUUGUUGUGCUUCGGGUGCUGAGUCAGGCUCUGAGCUGGGAGGGGGAAUGCUCUUCAGCUUCAUUGAGUGCUUCACUGGAGGGAGAUGGAGCGCAGCACUCAGGGUGAACAAAGCCUGAUGUGUUCAUGUUCAAGUGCCACAUUUACAUUCAUUUCUACUGCUGCUUUCAAUAGUCCUUUAUUAAUUGUUCUUCAUCUGCAGGCUGUAGUGAGUAAUAAAUUAUAGUAGCAAAGCUUAAUGAUCUCGCUGCGUCUCAGUGCCGUCAUCACUGUGUCUUAGUAAAUGGUAAUUAAUAAAAAUCCCCAGUGUGCCUCGUAAGUGGGAAGCCAUAAAUGGCACAUCACGGAACUCUGUCCUGCCCUGACGUGUUUGAGGUCCCCAAAGGCCCCCAGAGGCCCUCAAGGGUCCUUGAAUGUCCCUGAGGGUCCUUGAAGGCUCUUGAAGGUUGCCACUUUGGGGCCAUGGCAGCGGGGAGGUUCUGGCUGCGGUUCCUCUGACCUCAGCACUCAAUACUUGGCAUGGCUGGGGUCUCUGCAGGUUUCAGGAGGAGAAGCAGUCCCAUAAACACAUUACUCUCUCCUAAAAUUGGAAAGGAGACGAAAUCAGCAGAAGGGUUUGCAGCAGGAAUGUCCGCUGGUCACCUCGGAGCUCCCAGAUUCCUCCCCAUCGGGGAUCACAGAAAGCUGGAUCAGGUCCUGCUGUGAAGGCAAUGGAGCGGCCCCUGUUGGCACCUCCAUGGCCCAGGGAAGCCCCCGAGCGCCAGCAGGAGGCAUCGACUGCACACGCAUCACUGUGGUUGGGGUGGUGAUGCCUCAGGUGGUUCACUGAGGGCACUGAUUCACCCGAUGCACUCCUUGGUGUACCCUUAUCUCACUCCCAUCUGCGCGGAGGGGCUGCCUGUGCUUUCACCUGUUGUGACUUAGAUCAUAGAAUCAUAGAAGCAUGGACUCAUAGAAUGGCUUGGAUUGGGAGGGAUCUGAGGUUGGAACCAGAUGAUUUUUGAGCUUCCUUUCAACCAGAGCCAUUCAAUGAGCCUCUGGUUCUGUGAUCUUGCCAGUUUUCAGCUGCAGAUUGUCCCUCCCACAGCCUUUGGGAGCUGUGUUCAGCUGGAAGCCGUCAGGUCCAGAUGGGCCACAGGAGCUGAUGGGGCCACCAGACCCGAGGGUUCUGCAGGCAUCGCCAAGCCCAGCAAAACAGACAAGGAAACCUGCUCCUCCUGCCCUGCGCCAGUGCUGAAAUGGAGGAAGGGGAUGAUGGGAGAAACUGAACACCGCUCCGUUUGACAUUAGCUCCAAAUAACACAAUGAAAAGGUGAAUAUGAGACAAAUAACACAAUAAAAAGGUAAUAACGUAAUCAAUAGCAAUCAGUGCCUAUUUCUGGCGCUUAGUUUCCAUAGAAUCAUGUCACUGCAUUUUCCUUCCAUUUUUGGGUGAUUGAUUUUCCUGAUGACUGAACAGAACCGUGAUUUUCUUAUUGUGACAGCAGUCUGACAUACAGCUCGCUGUGACAGACAGACAGACAGAC